AUGUCUAAUAUAAGAGAGGUUGAACACCUCAAAAUAACGUUAGAAUCCAUAAAAUCCGCCACCAACAACUUUGCUCUUGAGAAUUGUAUCGGAAGAGGAGGAUUUGGGAAGGUGUAUAAGGGAGAAAUCCUCCAUUCUGAGGGGCAGUCCAUGGUUGUUUCUAAGCGCUUAGACCGUGCAUUUGGGCAAGGAAACCCAGAGUUUUGGAAGGAAAUCACAAUGCUUUCUCUUUACAAACAUGAAAACUUGGUCCAUCUUUUGGGAUUUUGUGAUGAGAGUAAUGAGAAAAUCCUUGUGUAUGAGUACCUAUCUAAUAGAAGUCUAGACUUUCAUCUCAACAACAAUGAUCUAAAUUGGACACAACGGUUAAAGAUAUGCAUUGGGAUGGCUCGUGGAUUAGCAUACCUUCAUGGUUCUGAAACCCAACUUAGAGUAUUGCACCGUGAUGUUAAAAGUUCCAACAUCCUAUUAGACGAAAAUUGGAACGCCAAAAUCUCUGAUUUUGGCCUUUCCAAAUUUGCUCCCACUAAUAACUUCACAUUUCUUUACACCUCAGUUGUAGGCACGGUUGGAUAUUGUGAUCCACUAUAUGCGGAAACCGGGUUUUUAACAAAAGAGUCUGAUGUAUACUCAUUAGGUGUGGUGUUGUUUGAAGUGUUGUGUGGAAGGUUGUGUAUUAGCAACAAGGAUGAUCGCCCUUUACCAGGAUUGGCACGAGAAUGUUACGAACUAAACAAAGUAGAUACAAUUAUUUUUGGUAAUAUAAGGGAUGAAAUAACCCUAAAUUCGUUGUGGGCUUUUAUAACAAUAGCUUAUCGAUGCUUGAAGAGAGACCGUGAAGAAUGUCCAUCAGUAAAUGAUGUUGUGAGAAUGCUUUAUACUGCUCUUGGAUAUCAAGCUAAUAAAGAAAGCUGGGAGCUCCCUGAUAUAGUUGAUUCCUUUCACAUCAAAGCUCUACGCUUGCCAAUGGAUUCCCACAAGGUUGUGCAGUUGAUCUAUACAAAUUCUGGGUUAGAUUUACUAGCACUUUCUUCAAGUGGCAUUCAUAAGGUCUGGAAAUGGAAACAUAUAAACGCAAUCCAUCUGGGAAGUCAAACUGCAUCUAUCGCCCCAAAAGUCUGGCAACCAACAAAGGGAGCUGUCAUGUGUAAUGACGUAAGUGGGAAUAAACCUGAUGAAGAGUCAGCAGCAUGCAUUGCUUUGCCAAAGCAUGAUGGCUUCUUAGUGUCUGCCCUCUGUUUCAUGCCCCCUCCGCCUGCAGCCACCUGCUUGGCUUUCCAUCCUCGUGACAACAACAUCAUUGCUAUAGGAAGGGAAGAUUCAGUUAUACAAAUUUACAGCCUAGAGUUUUUUCAGGUCAAAAGAGAACUCAGAGGUCACAUGAAACAAAUUACGGGGCUUUCCUUUUCAUGGACUUCACUGGUUUCAUCCGGAGCUGAUGCUCAGGCAAGUUGUAGAUGA